AUGCCUGACUUCAAGCUCUCCGCGUCUCUCGAAGGUCACGGCGAUGAUGUUCGCGCCGUGGCCUUCCCCAAUCCCAAUGUCGUCCUCUCAGCCUCUCGUGAUGCCACGGUCCGACUUUGGAAGCUUGUCUCUUCUCCUCCCCCAACUUACGAUUACACAAUCGCCGCGCAUGGCCAGGCCUUUAUCAACAGUCUAGCUUACCUGCCACCCACAUCCGAAUACCCCGAGGGUCUAGUUCUCUCCGGUGGACAAGAUACAAUCAUUGAAGCACGACAGCCAAGCAAGUCUGCUACGGACAAUGCCGAUGCUAUGUUAUUGGGCCAUGGCCACAACAUCUGUGCUUUGGAUGUAUCUCCAGACGGCGGAUGGAUUGCCAGUGGCAGCUGGGAUUCAACUGCACGCCUUUGGAAGGUUGGGAAAUGGGAGGCUGAUGUUGUACUAGAAGGCCAUGGAGGGAGCGUCUGGGCUGUCUUAGCCUAUGACAAGAAUACCAUCAUUACCGGCUGUGCCGACCAAAUGAUCCGCAUAUUCAAUACCUCCGGUACCCUCCUCGGAAGCAUCAAAAACUCCAAUGACGUUGUCCGAGCCCUCUGCAAGGUCCCGGUCUCAAAUCCCACUGGUGCUCAGUUUGCCUCAGCCAGCAAUGACGGCAUUAUUCGGCUUUACACUUUGAAGGGUGACCUCGUCGCCUCUCUUCAUGGCCAUGAGAGCUUUGUUUACUCCCUCGCAGCUCUGCCUUCGGGCGAGCUUGUGAGCUCCGGAGAGGAUCGGACCGUGAGGAUAUGGCAGGGAACCCAAUGUAUUCAAACCAUCACCCAUCCGGCCAUCUCCGUGUGGAGUGUUGCCGUGUGUCAAGAGAAUGGUGAUAUUGUCACCGGCGCCAGUGACCGUGCCACUCGGGUGUUCAGCCGAAGCUCAGACCGCCAGGCUGCUCCAGAGGUCAUUCAACAAUUCGAGCAAUCGGUCAAGGAGUCGGCUAUCCCCGCUGAGCAGGUUGGAAAGAUUAAUAAAGAGCAACUACCCGGUCCAGAGUUUUUGAAGCAGCGAUCCGGAACGAAGGAGGGACAAAUUCAGAUGAUUCGCGAGUCGGAUGGGAGUGUUACUGCUCACACCUGGUCAUCCGCAACCCAGGAAUGGAUUGCUGUCGGUACGGUAGUAGAUUCGGCAGCAAGCAGCGGUCGGAAGACCGAGUAUCAUGGUCAAGAUUACGAUUAUGUCUUCGACGUUGAUAUCGAGGACGGCAAGCCUCCGCUGAAGCUGCCAUACAAUGUCUCCCAGAACCCAUAUGAAGCGGCGACCAAGUUCAUCGGGGAUAAUGAGCUACCCAUGUCCUAUCUUGACCAGGUCGCGAACUUCAUCACACAGAAUACCCAAGGCGCCACGCUCGGUCAAUCUCAGGAGAGUGGUGCAGACGCCUGGGGCACGGAGCGUCGAUACAGACCUGGCGAUGCACCCGCGGCGCCUAAUGAACCCGCACCCCCGCCUGUUCACGAAGAGUCGCGUCCUCGGGUGUUGCCUCAGAAGACAUAUCUCUCUAUCCGCUCUGCGAAUACCAAGGCGAUUGCCAAGAAGCUCAAGGAAUUGAACGACAAGAUCCUUUCCGAGGGUGACAAGAGUAUUGCCCUGAAUUCUACAGAGUUGGAGACUGUCGUGGCGCUUUGCGGGCAAUUAGAGACCUCUCAGAAGCUUUCAGACUCCCCGGCUGUCCAGUCUGGAAUUCCAUUGAUAUUCGAUAUCGCAACAAAAUGGCCAACAGCCAACCGGCUUCCUGGACUGGAUCUUCUUCGCUUGCUGGCUGCGGCGACCCCCGUUACCGCGACUACCGAAUAUGAUGGUGGGGACCUUAUCACCGGCAUCCUGUCUAGUGGUGUUUUUGACGCACCUCUCAACGUGAACAACGCCAUGCUUUCCGUCCGAAUAUUCGCCAACCUCUUCGAGACGGAUGCGGGGCGCAAUCUAGCCAUCCAAACCUUUGACCAGGUCGUCGCUGGUGUGAAGUCCGCGUUGGUCAGCAACGCAAGCGCUCCAAACCGUAAUCUCACCAUCGCUGUUACGACUCUCUAUAUCAACUUCGCGGUCUACCUCACCUCCGAAGGCCGAGCCCAGACCCCUGAAGCUGCGGAGCGGGGCCUGGUUCUCCUCGAGGAGCUAAUCAAGAUCAUCUCCCGUGAGAAGGAUUCCGAGGCAGUCUACCGUGGACUUGUUGCGCUGGGCACACUUGUCCAGGCUUUGGGGGCGGAAGUGAAGAGCGCUGCGAAGGAGAUCUAUGAAGUGAAGAAUGUGCUCACUCGUGUCUCGGCAUCGGGCGCGGGUAAGGAACCGCGGAUCAUGGGAGUGAUCAGUGAGAUCACGGCGACUCUUUAG